GACGUCAGGAUGGCUGUCGUCGUUUUGACGUGUAAACACUCAUUUCCAUUCCGGCACCGGAGGGUCUGGGAGCCACGCAGCCCCGGGCAGCCGCACCGAGCCGAGCCGCGCUGAGCUGUGCCGCGCCGCGCCUCGCCGCGCCAAGCCCAGCCGACACGAGCCGAGCCCAGCCGAGCCGGGCAGCGCUCGCCUAGCAACGCCGUCCCGCCGCCCCACAGCCAUGGACGGGCCCCGCCGAGCCGGCCGGUGCGCGGCCCUGGCGCUGCUGGCCGCCUGCUGCCUGGCCCGCGGCGGCGGCGCCGAGCGGCAGUUCCUCAACGAGUGGGCGGCCGAGGUCCCGGCGGGCCCCGACGCCGCGAGAGCCAUCGCCGAGGAGCUGGACUACGACCUCGUGGGGCAGAUUGGGUCGCUCAAAAAUCACUACCUGUUCAGACAUAAGAGCCACCCGCGGCGGUCCCGGAGAAGUGCCAUUCACAUCACCAAGAGGCUUUCUGAUGACGAGCGGGUGUCAUGGGCAGAGCAGCAGUAUGAAAAAAAGCGAACUAAGCGUGCUGCUGUGACAGACUCGGCAGAGAAUCUCUUCAAUGAUCCUAUGUGGAAUCAGCAGUGGUAUCUGCAAGAUACAAGAAUAACUCCAUCUCUUCCCAAACUGGAUCUCCACGUUAUUCCUGUGUGGCAAAAAGGGAUUACAGGCAGGGGUGUUGUCAUCACGGUAUUAGAUGAUGGCUUGGAGUGGAAUCACACUGACAUCUACGCCAACUAUGAUCCAAGGGCAAGUUAUGAUUUCAAUGACAACGACUACGAUCCAUUUCCUAGAUAUGACCCAACAAACGAAAACAAGCAUGGAACACGGUGUGCAGGAGAAAUUGCCAUGCAAGCCAACAAUAGAAAAUGUGGAGUUGGAGUAGCCUACAAUUCUAAAGUUGGAGGUAUACGCAUGCUGGAUGGAAUAGUCACUGAUGCUAUUGAAGCCAGUUCAAUUGGUUUCAAUCCGGAACACGUGGAUAUUUACAGUGCAAGCUGGGGCCCGAAUGACGACGGUAAAACUGUUGAGGGACCUGGGAGACUGGCACAGAAAGCUUUUGAGUAUGGGAUAAAACAGGGCCGAAAUGGAAAAGGCUCCAUUUUUGUGUGGGCUUCCGGGAACGGAGGUCGUCAGGGUGACAACUGUGACUGUGAUGGUUACACUGAUAGUAUCUACACUAUCUCCAUUAGCAGUGCUUCUCAGCAAGGCCUUUCUCCCUGGUAUGCAGAGAAGUGCUCUUCAACCCUGGCCACAGCAUACAGCAGUGGGGAUUAUACUGACCAAAGAAUAACAAGUGCUGAUCUUCACAAUGAAUGUACAGGGACUCACACUGGGACCUCUGCAUCUGCACCAUUGGCAGCAGGAAUUUUCGCUCUUGCUCUGGAAGCAAACCCAAAUUUGACAUGGAGGGAUAUGCAGCACUUGGUAGUGUGGACCUCAGAAUAUGAUCCAUUGGCUGGCAAUCCAGGAUGGAAGAAGAAUGGAGCAGGACUAAUGGUGAACAGCCGAUUUGGAUUUGGACUACUCAAUGCAAAUGCACUGGUGGAUUUAGCUGAUCCCAAAAGAUGGAAAGGUGUACCAGAAAAGAGAGAGUGUAUUGUCCAAGACAAAAGCUUUGAACCAAGGUUAUUAAGAGCAAAUGAAGAGGUCAUCAUUGAAAUUCCCACAAAAGCCUGCGAGGGUCAAGAGAACUCAAUUGCAUCUCUGGAGCAUGUGCAGCUUGAAGCAACAAUUGAAUAUUCCCGGAGAGGAGAUCUUCACGUCACUCUGGUGUCUCCGUCAGGGACCAGCACCGUCUUACUGGCUGAGAGAGAGCGAGAUAAAUCUCCCAAUGGCUUUAAGAACUGGGAUUUCAUGUCUGUGCACACAUGGGGAGAGAAUCCAACAGGCACCUGGGUGUUAAGAAUUACUGAUGUGUCCAAAAGAAUACAAAAUGAAGGAAGGAUUGUAAACUGGAAAUUGAUUUUGCAUGGCACUGAUAUCCAGCCUGAACAUAUGAAACAACCACGUGUAUACACAUCUUACAAUGCUGUGCAAAAUGACAGAAGAGGAGUGGAGAAGAUGACAGACCUUGUAGAGGACCAUACCACACAGGAGAACUUGAGUGAAAAAAACAAAGUAACACAAGAUAUCGGUAGCAGCAGAAAUGAAGCAGAAGAUAAGUUCCCAUCAGAGGCUAUGCUGCAUUUACUGCGAAGUGCUUUUAGCAGACAGAUGGCUCAGAAGCGACUGCCAAAGAAGACUGCAAGUGAGAAGUUAAGUAUUCCAUAUGAACACUUCUAUCAAGCCCUCGAAAAGCUAAACAAGCCCUCCCAGCUGAAAGACUCGGAAGAAAGUCUGUACAGUGACUAUGUUGAUCUUUUUUACAAUGCCAAACCAUACAAGCAUAGAGAUGACAGACUGCUGCAAGCCUUGGUUGAUAUUAUAAAUGAAGGAAACUAGACUAGGAUAUGAUGCUGAGUUGGAAAUAUUCAUUCUCCCACCCCACCUCCAGUCUUUUGGGUUUUUCUUCAGAACUCUACUGUAUGCUCUAGUUGUGUGAUUGCUGCUUUGAUUGCUUCAUAUUUAACACAAACAUCAAGGAAGGAAAAAACGAAUGUGGGAGGAUAAGGCAGUAAGCUGAUGCUUUUUAGUAAUAGCUUUUUUCAAAGACUUUCUUCAUUACCAUCAGAGUAGAUUUGCCCCCUCAGGCAUGAAAUGCAGCAGUAUUCCCUUGAAAAUACUAAUGCUCUAUUUUAAACAAUUUUCAUGUUACUUAUUCUUCCACCCUACUCCCUUAGCCUGCAGUAGGAUUCAAAACCUGAACUGCCAAGCAGUUUUGAACCCAACUGCUGAAGUUAUGGGGAGAUACUCUCAUCUCUGUAUUUGUAAUGAGUAGUGCAGUCUUUCUUACAUUUGGCAUUUAUUGUAGAUUUAACACAUGCAGCAAGUACCUCUUCCCUCAUAGUAUUUUUUUUUUUUCUUCUGAACAACAAUGCACUCUUACCCUUCUGUUCUCCUGUAAAGGAGCAGUUGGGAAACUGGAAUUGAAUUGGAGCAUCACUGAAGUUAUUAAUGGUUUAGACUAGUGACAGUCAUAUUCUAACAUAAAAGAGCUCCAAACAAUGCAUUCCAGACCAUGGGGAUUCUCACCACCUAACUUAAACUGCCUAAAUGAAGUGCCUGAAUUAUGAGCUUAGUUUUUCUAGGCUGUAUGUAGCUAAUGAAGACAGAUAGCACUUAAGAGCACUUGACUAGUUUUUGCACUGGUUCACAAUUACAUGAUGUGGAGUACCUAUCUAUUUUUUAUUGACUAUGUGGACUUGAAAGAACCAACCUCCUGCCUUUGGAGCCUCUAUCAAAUUUCUAAAGUUAAGUAAUAUAAAUGCCUCCUGAGAUGUCUACAUCCGCAGCAGCCAGGACAACAAUGCUGGGAUCGUUUUGUCCCAUCCUUAACCUGUGACCAUAGUGGUAUAGAAAGGAAAACUGUACCAUCAAAGUCCAUUUUAAAAGUGCAUCUUCAAGUGACUGGUGAAUUAUAACAGAUAUCCCAAAUACCUAGGAAGUUAAGGCAAAAUGAAUGGAGGGAGGUGUAAUUUAAAUAAAAUACCCAGAAGAAGAGAGUCAUAAAUAGAGGGAAGGGCAGAAUGGGAUGUCGAGGAGGGAGAGAAAAGGAAGAAGAAUGAGCAGGAGUGGGGAACAAAGUAGUGUCAGCAGCAAGGACAGGCUGCUGCCUACCUGCAGCAGUGAUAAGAAAAUAAAAAUGAAAAGAUAAUAAAGGAAAAUACAUAAUUGUGAGGCUCCUUUGGAGUUUAAUUACGAGUAAUGAAGGGAGAAGUAGAUUGGUCAGAAAGAUCUAUCACCCUAUCCAAAGUGGAAAAAAUUAUAUGUGCUAUCAUAUACUGUAGAGUGGUAUGAAUGGCAGCAUAUUAGACAAGUAGUUUUCCACAUAUACUUCUUUAAAAUCAGAAUAAAGAUUGAAAUAAUAUUUUGCUGUUCAUAAUUAAUAACAAACAAACAAACAAAAAAAGCCCCACCAACAAACAAUGCAGUGCUGGAUGCUCAAAAAUUGUGUAGGAUCUACUGCAAGGAAAUGAAAGCUCCUAGUGUCUCAUUACAGUGCUAAAGAUAAUCCAAACAAGUGCUGACUAGGUUUUACUUUUUUCUCUCUGUCAUCUGCUGUAGAAACGUAGACUGGAAAUAUUUUCCAAAUAUUCUAGAAAAAUGUGUUCCUCCUUCACUGUCUAUUUCUUAAAAUGAUCCAAGUGUCUCUGAAAGAGGAGUUUAACAUUGUGUUCAUAUUUCAUCUGUUUGGAUAGAGAUUUUUCAAAUUUCACACUAAAUUCCGUAAUCACUGCUUAAAGGUAACUCUGAGAAUUAUCUCAUUGAACUUAAGAUUUAAAAACCUUUGCUCUGAUUUUAGUGGUUUCAGGUCUACCUGUGGCUCAGUCUGUGUUUUUUGCUAGCUUUAGAUAGGUGUAGCUUAGUUGAUUUGAAGAAUUCUUCCAUAUUUCUAUCCAUACUUCAGAGAUAACAACCACAAGAGGAAAUGUCUCUUACACUUAGAUUGCUUACUCUCUACUAAGACAUUUGAAUAGAAUCAGAAGUGAAAAAAAGCUGAUUGUUUGCAAGAAGAGAGCUUUUUUAUGUUGUCCCCUUAACACCCAAGCUUUCUGGUGAUACAUAACUACUGAACAAGCAGAAUGUUAAAAUUUCUAAUUGCUGCUACUGGAGGAGUUAGUGAGAGCACUAACUUACAUCUACUAAUAUUUAAUUGUCAGAAUUGGGAGUGUAAUGUCUACAAUUAUAAUCCUAAUUGGUGAUAAUGGACCACUGUUGGCCCCGUGCAGAGGCUGUCAGAUAACAGUGAUUUUAGCCAGUCGUCAAUCAAGUACGUUACAGUGAGGAAAGUACUACAAACACUCAAAUCAGCUCUUCAAAAAAAAAAAAUGUUUUCAGAUUUAAACGGGUGGAAAACAUAGGACUCUCCUUUGUUUUGAGAUGAAUUCCUAUGUUGUAGCCAAAGUUUCAUCAGAGGACAACUUUGAAGUCUCUCUUUUGAAUGUUUCCAACCCAGAGUAGGUUGUACAGGAGUAAACUAUUUUUAUUGUUAGUCUUUCCUUGGUGCCUGUGUGGGUUUUGUGAAAAAUGUUGAAGGAAAAAAAUGCUUUCUCUCAGAAUUUUAAAUUAUAUUUUCUUUACAGGCAUUUAUAUUGUAGCAAAGAUUUUAUUGAACAGACAGAAUUUUAAAAGGUAUAAUAAAUUAUAUUGAAGAACCAGACUUUUCUCGGGGAAGAGACAAUUUCAUCCAAUAAAGGUAUUUUUUAAAAGGCAUGUUCCAACAGCAACUGCAAUAUGUAUGUGAUGUGAUGUUAAAAGUUGUCUAAUAGUAGCAUAAUACAGUGUGUUAGCAGA